UUAGACGCUGUGGAGAUCCAUCUCGUCAGUUGCGCGGCGGACAGCGUUGAGAGAGUAUUGCGGUUCGCGAGUGAUACAGAACGAAAGGAGGUAGUCAGCUUUCCAACUUCUUACGUUUGCAUUAUCCCUUAUAACAUUUAUUAUUUAUUUUUAUAUUUUUAAUGUGAAUACAAUUUACGUUUAUAGAUUUUACACGUGUUUAUUUAUUAAUUAAAUUAAAAAUUAAAGCAAGAGAAAUUGAAAUAUAAUUUCUCAUGAGAUAAAAUAAACAUUAAUAAUGAUGUCAUGGUGUUGGUGGACGAAGGUUUCGUUGAACCGUUAAUGAAGACAGGAAAGAGGGACAUGAACAAGCUUGAUAGCUUGUAGAGGAAAAAAAGAUAGUUGGAAAAGAGAGAGAGAGAGAGAGAGAGAGAGAGAGAGAGAGAGAGAGAGAGAGUAGAUGGGUGCUGUGGUAUUAACAAAGGGAGAAGAGCAGAGAACCGAUCGUCGUUAGUUCCGAUCGAGCAAGAACUCUUUUUAUCGUGUUUUUUUUUCCGCGCGUGAUUCUACAGCGGCGCGGCGACGUUGGUAGCCAACGAAUGGAUCGGUUGCGGUGAAGAAGGAGAUUGCUGAUGAUCCAGUAGCGUGCGCGCGCGUGCUCUUACUCUCUUUCUCUCUCUUUCUCUCUCCCUGUCUUUUUCUUUCUGUACUUGAGAUAGAAGGAGAGCGUACGAGCAAGUGCGAUCCACCGGAAGUGUAAACAAUCUCCACGGUAGGCACGCCUGGGCGCAUCUUGCCUCGCCUAGGAUCGUCGCCGCCGCUGCUGCCGUAGUCGUCGUCGUCGUCGUCGUCGUCGUCGUCGUCGUCUUUGUAGUUGUAGUUGUAGUUUUAGUUGUAGUUGUCGUUAUCGUGCUCGGUGCAUGGGCGUUCGCGCGUUCACGAACGGAGGAGGAAGAAGAAGAAGAAAGGAAAGAGCCUCGGCUCGAACAUGACUCGGUCGGCGAUCCUCGUCGUGUGAUGAGACGAGGAGUGCCCAUUGGAGAGGGCAGGGACUACGACAUCAGUACCGACCUAGGAAGAAGAAGAAGAAGAAGAAGAGGAGGAGGAGGAGGAGAAGGAGGAGGAGGAGAAGUAGGAGGAAGGGAAAAAAAGAUAAGGACGGAAAAGGAGAAGAAAAAGAAGAAGAAGAAGGAGUCGUCGCAAAGAUGCGUGGAAUAUCUCAGGGCUGCUGCCAGCAGCAUUACUACUACCACUACUACUAUUACUAUUAUCUCGUCUUGGCUAUAGUACUAUGCUGCCAGCGGUACCACGUGCUCGCCGUGACCAGCGAGCUGCCGCCCAGACUCGACAUUCCCGAGCAUUGUUCUUGGGAUUCAAGGCAGGACGGAGCUCUUACUUGCAUUCAUCGCUAUCCAAGCAACGACUCCUUCCGAACGAAUUUCUCUCAGGCAACGAGCGAGUACGUGACCUCAGUUAACGUACUAUGCGAGGACACCGAGCCCGAGUCGAUGUUCGAUCCCGCCCUCGAGGGCGGCGUCCUCAAUGUCGACGGGCUCUUACAUUUAUGGCGACUUCGUUCAUUAAAAUUGAUCGGAUGCAAGCUCCUACAUUGGCCGGCAAAGAUUCUCGGUGGUUUGCGAGAUUUACGGAAUCUAACCGUUAGAACUUCGAUCGGACGAAAGACAAAGUAUAGCUUGGAAUUGGAGAGUGGUGCCUUCGAUUCUACGCCGCAGAUCGAGAAGAUGGAUCUAUCGUCUAAUAACAUUUGGCAAAUACCGGAACAUUUGUUCUGCCCAUUGACGAAUCUGGUAACGCUCAACGUCUCUUGGAAUAUGUUGAAGGAUAUCGCGGAAUUGGGAUUUAGGGACGUUAACGAGAGAUACUCGAACCGUCAGCACGAAUCAACACCCACGCCCUUUCCCUGCUCCCUCGACAUGCAAUCAUUGGACGCCUCGAACAAUCAGAUAUCCGUACUCCCAGCUUACGGGUUCUCCUCGUUGAAACGUCUAAGGAUUCUCAACCUGUCGAAUAACGCGAUCUCCAUGGUGGCAGAUGAAGCGCUUCACGGUUUGAGAUCUCUCGAGACCUUCGAUCUGUCCGGCAACCGAAUCGUUGCUCUACCGACGGAGAUGUUCCGGGACGCUACCAAAUCCCUGAAGGAAUUGAGAUUACAAAAUAAUUCCAUCAGCGUUCUAUCGCCUGGUCUCGUAGCCGAUAUGAAUCAGCUCGUUGCUCUCGACUUGUCGAGGAACGUACUUACCAGUUCCUGGCUCAAUUCCGCCACCUUUUCCGGUUUGAUUCGUUUGGUCCUUUUAAAUCUAUCAUACAAUCGAAUCACCAGACUCGAUCCGGAACUAUUCAAGGAUCUCUAUACGUUACAAAUUUUGAAUCUACAGCACAACGAAAUCGAGACAAUACCGGCCGACACCUUUUCACCGAUGAGCAAUCUUCACACCCUCGAACUGACGCACAAUCGGUUGACCUAUUUGGACGCCUAUUCCCUCAACGGCUUGUACGCUCUCUCUCUUCUCGCGUUGGACUCAAAUAUGCUCGAGGGAAUACAUCCUGACGCUUUCAGGAACUGCUCGAGCAUGCAGGAUCUUAAUCUCUCUGGUAACAACUUGGACAACGUGCCGGUCGCGCUAAAGGACAUGCGAAUGCUGAAGACCCUCGAUCUCGGUGAAAAUCAAAUUAGAAGUCUCGGUAAGCCUGGCUUCCGCGGUAUGUCCAGUCUCUACGGGCUGAGAAUGAUCGGUAACGAGAUCACGAACGUCACGUGUGAGGAUCUUACGGAGCUACCGGCCCUCCAGAUUCUGAAUUUGGCUAGGAAUAGGAUCGAGUUCGUCGAGGACGGCGUGUUCUCGGCGAAUCCGGCGUUACAGGCGAUUCGCCUCGACUCGAACUUGCUCCAGGACGUGUCCUCGAUAUUCGCGGGUGCGCCUGGUCUACUGUGGCUUAACAUGUCCGACAACAUGAUCGCGAACUUUGACUACAAGUAUUUGCCGGAGAAGUUACAGUGGAUGGAUCUUCAUAAAAAUCUUAUCGCGGAUCUCGGAGUAGCACCAUCGGGUAUGAAAUUGCAAACUCUCGAUGUUUCGUUCAACCAACUUACGAGGAUACAUUCGAGCUCGAUACCAGAUUCCAUCGAGUUGCUCUUCGUAAACGAUAAUCUUAUACAUACGGUAGAACCGCAGACAUUUUUUGGUAAGACCAAUCUAACCAGGGUAGAUCUUUACGCGAAUCAAAUCGUCAAGAUGAAUCUAUCCGCUCUCCAGCUAACCCAAGUACCCAUACCAAGGCAACUUCCAGAAUUUUACAUCGGCGGAAAUCCCUUUAUAUGCGACUGCACGACCGAGUGGUUGCAACGAAUCAAUACCCUACCGCUUAGACAACAUCCCAGAGUGAUGGAUCUUGAGUCGGUUUAUUGCCGAUUACCGUACGAUCGUCGCAAGUCCUUUAUACCGUUGCUCGAGGCAAAGCCCUCGCAAUUUCUCUGCACUUAUAAGGCGCACUGCUUCGCCCUCUGUCAUUGUUGCGACUUCGACGCUUGCGAUUGCGAGAUGACGUGCCCGACGAAUUGCACGUGCUACCACGAUCAGUCUUGGUCGGCUAACGUCGUCGAUUGUUCGAGCUCCGGUUACAAGAUUCUACCUGGUCGAUUACCGAUGGACGCCACGGAGGUCUACUUGGACGGGAACAACUUUGGAGAGCUUAACUCGCACUCAUUCAUCGGCCGUAAGAAUCUCGAGAUAUUGUACGCGAACGACAGCAACAUCAUUGCGAUUCGUAAUCACACGUUCAGCGGUCUGAAGAGAUUACUGGUGCUCCAUCUGGAAAACAACAAGAUAAGCGUGCUCAACGGCGUGGAAUUGAUGCCGUUGGAGAAUCUAAAGGAACUCUACUUGCAGAACAAUCUUUUGACGUAUAUCGACAACGGCACGUUCCUGCCGUUACGUCAGUUGGAAGUACUAAGAUUGGAAAGGAAUCGUCUUGGUACCUUUGCCCUCUGGCAACUCGGUCAGAAUCCAUAUUUGGUGGACGUCGGUUUAUCGAGCAAUCCCUGGAGCUGCGAGUGUUCUUACCUGGAACGUGCUCGCGAGUGGAUGUCACGGAAUCGCGAGAAGAUCGUCGACUGGCCAAGCGUUAGCUGUUCCCUUGGUAUACCGAUUACUUUGCCGGCGAAUGGAUCGGCCAUAAAUUGCGCGGCAUUAACCGGCGACGGGACGAACACGGCGAUCGAGACGCGGCCGCUCGAGACUUAUCUGCCGCUAUUGCUCGCCAGCGCUUUACUGAUCUUCGCUAUGGUCGCCUUAGUCUGUGGGGCUUUCAGGCAUCGCCGUACGCUGAGGACAUGGGCAGCAAGCAGAUGCGGGUUACGUGCUUGCUACAAGACCGCGGCUUUUGAGGAUCAGGAGAAACCGUUCGACGCCUAUAUCUCUUAUUCGGCGGUAGACGAGGCCUUCGUCUCUACGAUCCUCGUUCCUGGCCUAGAGAGCUCCUAUCGAUUGUGCCUCCACUAUCGGGAUCUAGGUGCCGGCAGCAACGUAGCCGAUGCCGUAGCCGAGGCUGCCGACUCGUCUCGGCGCACCAUUCUCGUACUAUCGAAGAACUUUUUGCACGGCGAAUGGGCAAGAUUCGAGUUCAAGGCGGCCCUAAGAGACGCCCUCAAAGGGAAGGGUCGCUCGGUGAUAUUGCUCCUGGUCGGCGGUGUUUGCCUCCGCGAUCUAGACGCCGAUCUCAAAAAGAGAAUCUCCUCGCACACCGUCCUGGUAUGGGGAGACAAGUUGUUUUGGCAGAAGCUAAGGUUCGCCAUGCCGGACGUCUCUCCGGUUCCUGUUUUGGAGAGACCCCUGCCGCUACCACCGCCACCCCCACCGCCGCCCUUACCACUGCCACUUACUUUGCCCUCGGCGCACCAUCAAUGGACGUAGACAAGUCGCCGCCACCGUUGCCGCCACCGUCGUCCUCCUUCUCUUAGAUGUGAAAUGUUGCCAGAAGUAUUAUCGCAAUACGUACAGAGAGUAAUUGGAAAUCGCAGCAAGGGGAAGGUGAGUUUCGAUAAACUGCUUCAUCGUUUUAUCGGGAUAUCGUUAUGUAUCCAUUUUCUAUUCAAAUUGACUGGAACAUGUGCCGGCUAAAGUGAAUGAAGAAAUGAAAACAAAAAAAAAAAAAAAUAAAAAAAGAAUAUAUAUAUAUAUAUAAAGUAAGAAUGAAAAAGUAUGAAGAAAAAAAAUGUGGAGUAAAAGAAGGGAGGAGGGGGGAGCGGGUGGGAAAAAAAGAAGAAAUAAUAAAAAAUCGUUAGUUCAAACGAACAUAAAGAUAUUUCAUGAAAAUUCUCAAUCCCUCUACGAUCGUGUCUCUGUAUUUUCCUCUCGUUUGCAAAAUACAUAAAUAAAUAAAUACAUGCAUAUAUAUUUUACGUUAUUUCGUUCAAUUUCACGUACUGAUUAUUAUCGGAUGUUGCAUAAUAUGAUAAUUGAAUAUUUUCACGUGCAAAUAAAUGUCAAUCGUAUGUAAUACGAUAACCGAUAGCAGAUAGCAUUUUGAUCAAUACCCGCUUUUCUUGUUUCUUUUUGUUUUCUGUUUCAGGACGCACGUCGUUCCUCGCUUCGAACUCCAACAGUUGCGAUCUCUUUUUUCUCACUACUUAUUAUCAAGAAAAUAUUUCUCACACUAAUCCAGAAUUAUAUCCUUUUCCCGAUAAAAUACACAUACAUAUACACGUACACACAUGCACGCAUACACACACAGACACACACACACACACGAUGUCCAAACAUAAAAAAUAAAAACGAUUUAUUCGUAUUUUUGAGAAUCGUGAUAUAGCUUCGUAGUGUGCAAGUGUAAUUAGAGCGAGAACAAAAAAAAAAAAAAAAAAGAAAAAAAAAAAAAAAACAAAAAAAAAACCAAAAAAAAAGGAAAGAAAAAAUAAAUAAAUAAAUCAUUAAAUAAAUAAAUGCAACCACGAUUAUAUCGCGAGGAGCACAAAUCGCUACCUUGCAUCUUGUAUUUGCAACGAAAUAACCUUUUUCUCUUUCUACUUGACGAAGACAUCGUAGUUUAAUCAAUCGAUUAUUCAUUAAAAAUACAAAAAAAGAAAAAAAGAAAAAAAUAUAAAGGAAAAAAAAAAAGAAAAAAAAAUUAAAUAAAUAAAUAAAUAAAUAAAUAACGAACGUUCUUCGAGAAUAAGUAAUAGAUAACUCGUUUGAAACUCGAGACGGAGAUUUAAUGUAAAUAGUCACGAUUUUGUAUAUUUGUAAUAUAGAUAGGUCAUUUUAUUAUAAACACAAUAAAGUUAUUUAUAUAUAUUUUAAUC